ACAGCUGCCCAGCCUGGGCUGACGGGACAGCCCUGACCGACUCACUCUUUCCCCUGCCGCUCCUGCCGGCAGCUCAGCUCGAACCAUGGGAGGCCGCGUCUUUCUCGCAUUCUGUGUCUGGCUGACGCUGCCGAGAGCUGAAACCCAGGACUCCAGGGGCUGUGCCCGGUGGUGCCCUCAGAACUCCUCGUGUGUCAAUGCCACCGCCUGUCGCUGCAAUCCAGGGUUCAGCUCUUUUUCUGAGAUCAUCACCACCCCCACGGAGACUUGUGACGACAUCAACGAGUGUGCAACACCUUCGAAAGUGUCAUUCGGAAAAUUCUCAGACUGCAGGAACGCAGAGGGGAGCUACCACUGCGUGUGCAGGCCGGGGUAUGAGCUUGCUUCUGGGGCAAAAACAUUCAAGAAUGAGAGCGAGAACACGUGUCAAGAUGUGGACGAAUGUCAGCAGAACCCAAGGCUCUGUAAAAGCUACGGCACCUGUGUCAACAGCCUCGGCAGCUACACGUGCCAGUGCCUACCUGGCUUCAGGCUCAAACCUGAGGACCCGAAGCUCUGCACAGAUGUGAAUGAAUGCACCUCUGGACAAAACCCGUGCCACAGCUCCACCCACUGCCUCAACAACAUGGGCAGCUAUCAGUGCCGCUGCCGCCCGGGCUGGCAACCGAUUCCAGGGUCCCCCAAUGGACCAAACAAUACCAUCUGUGAAGAUGUGGACGAGUGCAGCUCUGGGCAGCAUCAGUGUGACAGCUCCACCGUCUGCUUCAACAUCGUGGGUUCAUACAGCUGCCGCUGCCGCCCAGGCUGGAAGCCCAAACAUGGAAUCCUGAAUAACCAAAAGGACACUGUCUGUGAAGAUAUGACUUUCUCUACCUGGACCCUGCCCCCUGGAGUCCACAGCCAAAGCCUCUCCCGCUUCUUUGAUAAAGUCCAGGAUCUGGGCAGGGACUACAAGCCAGGCUUGGCCAAUAGCUCCAUCCAGAGCAUCUUACAGGAGCUGGAUGAGCUGCUGGAGGCCCCCGGGGACCUGGAGACCCUGCCCCACUUACAGCAGCACUGUGUGGCCAGUCACCUGCUGGAUGGCGUAGAGGAUGUCCUCAGAGGCCUGAGCAAGACCCUUCCCGAUGGGCUCUUGAACUUCAGUUAUCCUGCAGGCACAGAAUUGUCCCUGGAGGUGCAGAAGCAAGUAGACAAGAAUGUCACCUUGAGACAGAAUCAGGCAAUGAUGCAGCUGGACUGGAAUCUGGCACAGAAAUCUGGUGACCCAGGCCCUUCUGUGGUGGGCCUUGUCUCCAUUCCAGGGAUGGGCAAGUUGCUGGCUGAGGCCCCGGUCCUGGAACCUGAGAAGCAGGUGCUUCUGCAUGAGACACACCAGCACUUGCUGCAGGAUGGCUCCACCAUCCUGCUCUCUGAUGUCAUCUCUGUCUUUCUGAGCACCAACGACACCCAAAACCUCAGCUCCUCAGUUACCAUCACCUUCUCCCACUGUUCGGUGAUCCCGAGACCGAAGGUGCUCUGUGUCUUCUGGGAGCAUGGCCAGAAUGGAUGUGGUCAUUGGGCCACCACAGGCUGCAGCACGAUGGGCACCAGAGACAACAGCACCAUCUGCCGUUGCACCCACCUGAGCGGAUUGUCCGACCUGGGCAGCUUUGCCAUCCUCAUGGACCACUACGAUGUGCAGGAGAAGGAUCCCGUGCUGACUGUCAUCACCUGUGUGGGGCUGAGCGUCUCUCUGCUGUGCCUCCUCCUGGCGGCCCUCACCUUCCUCCUAUGCAAAGCCAUCCAGAACACCAGCACCUCACUGCAUCUGCAGCUCUUGCUGUGCCUCUUCCUGGGCCACCUCCUCUUCCUCGUGGGGAUUGAUCAAACUGGACACAAGGUGCUGUGUGCCAUCACCGCCGGUGCCCUGCACUACCUCUACCUGGCCGCCUUCACCUGGAUGCUGCUGGAGGCCCUGCACCUCCUCCUCACUGCACAGAACCUGACGGUGGUCAACUACUCAAGCAUCAACAGAUUCAUGAAGAAGCUCAUGUUCCCUGUGGGCUACAGAGUCCCAGCUGUGAUAGUGGCCAUCUCUGCAGCCUCCAGGCCUCACCUUUAUGGAACACCUUUCCACUGCUGGCUCCAACCAAAAAAGGGAUUUAUAUGGGGUUUCCUUGGACCUGUCUGUGCCAUCUUCUCUGUGAACUUAGUUCUCUUUCUGGUGACUCUCUGGAUUUUGAAAACCAGACUCUCUUCCCUCAAUAGUGAAGUGUCCACCCUCCAGAACACAAGGAUGCUGGCAUUUAAAGCGACAGCUCAGCUGUUCAUCCUGGGCUGCACGUGGUGACUGGGCAUCUUGCAGGUGGGUCCGGCUGCCCGGGUCAUGGCCUACCUCUUCACCAUCAUCAACAGCCUGCAGGGUGUCUUCAUCUUCCUGGUGUACUGCCUCCUCAGCCAGCAGGUCCGGGAACAAUAUGGGAAAUGGUCCAAAGGGAUCAGGAAAUUGAAAACUGAGUCUGAGACGCACACACUCUCCAGCAGCGCUAAGGCUAACACCUCCAAACCCAGCACGGUAAGAUCACGCAUUGCUCCAGAGCACUUCACUAACUGACCCACCUGA